AAAGAUAUCCUAAUGAUAUAUGAAGAAGAUGCUGAAGAAUGGUCUCUAUACUUGAGGGACAUUUUUUUACAUGUGGCUAAAAAGGAAGCAAUCUUGUUAUACUGCUUGGAGAAUUUCUCUCUUCGACAUUUGGAAUUGCUGAGUUUGAACUCUUACAAAUGUAAACUUUUAAUAUUAUCGAAUAGCCUCCUUAAUGACCUAACUCCGAAAAAAGGUCAGUUUCUGGAAAAGGUGCUGCAUUCCCGAGAAAAUGUGGUUACUCUGCUAUGUGGGGUGAAGAGUUCAGAUCAGCUCUAUAAAUUACUAAAUAUCUCUGGAGGCACAUUGGAGAUCUCAACUAAGCAGGAGCCAGAAGACUACAUCUCUGUAAUCAAGAGUGUUCUAUUAAGAGGUUCUGGGGAUUCCUUUGAAGUCAACAUUCCAACAGAACUAAAAGAAGAACAUCAUGUCAAAAUAAGUGAGAAAAAGGAAACUGCAGAAUUAUCAGAAGCAUCAGAAAUUAAUGUACCGUUGGCAAUGGUGCUUCCCUCUGAAAUUUCAUGUGAGAAUCCUGGUGAAAUAUUCAUUAUUUUGAGAGAUGAAGUAAUUGGUGAUACUGUGGAAGUUGAAUUUACAUCAAAUAAUAAGUGCAUUAGAACACGGCCAACCUUUUGGAAUAAGACAGUCUGGUGUAUGAAAGCUUUAGAUUUUCCUGCUGGCUCUGUCAGUGUAAAUAUCUACAGUAAUGGAAUUGUUAAGGCGACAACAGAGAUAAAAUACUAUACAACAGCAAAGGAGAUAGUGUUUCGAGUGGCAGAUCCAGGAUAUGGAACAUGUCAGGCAGGCAAAUUUGAGGAUACUCAUUUAAAAGAACUUCCAACCCUUCUCCACUGUACAGCAAAAUUUGGCUUAAAGAACUUGGCUAUUCAUUUGCUUCAAUGUGUGGGAGCAAGGUGGGCAUUUAAAAUGAAAAAUAUGGAGGGGUUAGAUCCAAUACACAUUGCUGAGCGACAUCGACAUGAAGAGCUGAAGAAAAUAUUUGAAGACUUUUCAGUAAUAGACAUUGACCUCAGAAAUGAGCUAGAAAAUAACUAUGAAGAGGAUACAUGUUUUCCCACCCUGCAGAAUGCAUCAUUUCAUCAUGAAAGCUGGCAGACACGCAAGCUGGGGCUAAUAGGAGCUGAGAUGAAUGAAGUAGCAGCAGAAGAAAAUGAGAAUGAACUAGGCAAGGAGGCUGAACAAAGCCCAUUCGAAGUUGGCAGUGAGAGUUCUGAGAACCAGUAUGAGAACUUAUAUAUGCUCCUUCCUGGAGAUGAGCUAGAAAAUAAAUCACAAGAGCCACUUCUCAGCAGCAGACCACCAACCCCCCCACCACGACCACUAGCUGCUGCUCUCCUGCCAGACAAACCUCAGUGGACAUUACAAGGAGCAAUGCUGCAAAGCCAAAUGAAAAGAAACAAAAACUGGUGUGAUUCUGUUGAAAGACAAGAAGCAGGAGUUGAACCCAGAGUAGAAAACGAAAAGGAAGAAGAAAAAGAGCAAGAAGAGGAGGAGGAAGAUCCAUACACUUUUACUGAGAUUGUUGACAAUGAGUACGACAUAAUAUUGGCCAAUAUAAGUAUAAAGAAAAAACUUGGAAGUCGAUCUUUCAUUUUAAACCGACCUCCUGCCCCCAAUCCUCGGCCUACAAAUAUCCCUUCUAAAGAGGAAACCACACCUUAUAUAGCUCAAGUGUUUCAGCAAAAGACAGCCAGAAGACAGUCUGAUAGUGACAAGUUCCAUGGUCCUCCUAAGAAGCAAGAUAGAGCCCACAUGGAGAAUCAAGUUUUAUCCACUCUAAAGGAUUGUCUGACUGCUGGGCAGGAAGAGCUCAUUCUUCUGCAAGAGAGUGUCAAGAAUGGGAAACUGUCUGUGGAUGAAGCACUGGAGAAAUUUAAACACUGGCAGAUGGGCAAGAGUGGCCUGGAAAUUAUUCAGCAGGAAAAGUUACGUCAACUCCGAGACUGCAUUUUUGGGAAAAGACCAGAAGAAGAAAAUGUCUAUGCUGAACCAUUAUAUAGAGAAUUAAAUUAUUAA